ACUGGAAGGGUGCAGAAGUGUCAGGAAAAAGUGCAAAAGUCACGCCGGAGUUUGUUUUCUCGUGAUUUUCCGCGUGAAAUUUGUAUAAAAACUCACUAUUAAGGAUUUUUGGUGAUAUAAUUAAAGCCCGAAGAUGUUGAUUAAGGUUAAGACACUCACAGGGAAGGAGAUUGAAAUUGACAUAGAGCCCACGGAUAAGGUGGACAGGAUUAAGGAACGCGUGGAAGAGAAGGAAGGAAUCCCUCCACAGCAGCAGAGAUUGAUCUUUUCCGGAAAGCAAAUGAAUGAUGACAAAACAGCUGCAGACUAUAAAGUUCAGGGAGGAUCUGUCCUGCAUUUGGUGUUGGCCCUUCGUGGUGGUGUAUCUCAUUUCUAAAUAAAAUUUUUUAAGUUCGGCUUUCAAAAAA